UUUUAAUUUAAAUAUGCAAGAAGACAGAAUUGUUUCACAAUUUUCAGCAGAAAAUCAUGAAAAGACGCAUAUAAAUAAUCAUGAAAGUGGAUUGUUUGAUUUCUCAAGACUUCCUUGGGUGGCAUUCUUGACUGUUUUGAAGUUUUUAAGGAUAUAUGACUUGUGUCGUUUUUGCUUGGUGAAUAAACGUUGGCGUAGAGCUUGUCAGGACCCGAGUUUAUGGCGAAACCUAGAUCUCGUCAAAUACGAAACUAUUUCGGAUGAUGACUUAAUCCGGCUGACGUCUUACAGUAAUAAUGUGGUAGAAUUGAAGAUACAACAGUUGAUCGAUGUAUACACAUUAAGUGACUUAGGUGUUAGCCGUGCAUUAAGACAGUGUCCGUCAUUGGUGGAAUGUACUAUUGCUAAUUGCCGUGGAUUAUCAGAUGAGGUGAUGGUAGCACUGGGGGAGUGUUGUCGUUUUAUAAGAAAAUUGGAUAUUACGCUAUCUUUCAAUUUUACUGACGAAGGCAUAAAGAAGGUAGUAUGCUGUCCGAGAAGUAAAUAUAGAACUACUCAUGAACUGCACAUACAAAUACUGGCUGGCAAUUUGCGAUUCUCUACCCCACCCUAGGUAAAAAGUUGUUUCUGAGUUUUGCAACCAACAAAUUGAAGGUACAGUAUCCUAUUUGGACAACUUUACAAAUUGAAGGUGGAUAUCCUAUUUACAGAAAAUGACCGUUGCAAAACAGAAAGUUUCGCCCCCAUGUCACCACUAUUUUGACGUGUGAAACGUAAAGUUGUCCAAUCGCAAUGUUGGUUGCAACACUUGGAAACAACUUUUUAUAUUGGCAUAGGGGAGUAAAUCCAUUUACCGAGUCAAAUCCGAGUCCGAGUCAAUCCCGAGCCCGAGUCAAAUGCCCGAGUCGUGUAAAAAACGGACGAAAGUGAAGAAAAUUCACAGUCGAAUAGGGUUAGGAGUAGGUUUAGGGUACUAAGUCAUUUUAUCAACAAAGACAAUUAAAUAGUGACUCGGACAUUUGACUCAAACUCGGAUUUAAGUCAGUCAGUAACCGACAAACUCCGAAAUUAAAUAAAAUUCACAGUUGAAUAGGGUUAGGGUAAGUUAGGAAUGCAAUUAUGGUUAGGAUUAUGGUACUAAGUCAUUGAACUGCAAAGACCAUUGAUUGAACAAUGACUCGAACAUUUGACUCGGACUCGGAUUUGACUCGGUUAACCGACAAACUCUAAUCCUAACCAUAAUCCCACUCCUAACUUACCCUAACCCUAUUCAACUGUGAAUUUUAUUUAAUUUCGGAGUUUGUCGGUUACUGACUGACUCAAAUCCGAGUUCGAGUCAAAUGUCCAAGUCACUAUUUAACUGCAUGUCUUUGUCGAUAAAAUGACUUAGUACCCUAACCCUAAACCUACUCCUAACCCUAUUCGACUGUGAAUUUUCUUCACUCGGGACUGACUCGGACUCAGAUUUGACUCAGUAAAUGGAUUUACUCGUUAGGAUUAGGGUACUAAUUCAUUGAACUGCAAAGACCAUUGAUUAAACAAUGACUCGGACAUUUGACUCGGUUAACCGACAAACUCUGGCAUAGGGUAAUGCGAAUGAAUGCAAGCGGUAAUAUGUCUGUAAUAUUCCUUGUGUUUUUUGUAUGUAGGUUUGCGAAGGAUGCCCAGACCUCGAGGAAAUAACAAUAGACCAAUGUGCAAAUUUGACAAGUGAAACACUUGUACAUCUUGGCAGGCAUUCCACAAUGUUGAAAUACAUAUCCGCAAUGAGCGUCAUCCAUAUAACUGACCAAGGUGUCCGAGCAUUGUUGCAAGGUUGUCGGCAGUUAGAGACUUUGCGCUUGCCAUUUUGUGAACUUAAAGAGCAGAGUGCUAGCCACAUUGCGUACAAUGGUACACAGAUAGUGUAUCUAGAUUUACGUGGAAUGGAGUUAGAUGAUGAUCAUGUUCAUAAUUUGGUUAUGUCGUUAACUGAAGUUGAAACAUUGAAUCUUGGCCUUUGCUAUAAGCUGACUGAUGUUUCUGUGACAGAGAUUGCAAAAUAUUUUAAGAAAAUGAAGCAUUUGUUCUUGAUCAAUAGUAAAAUUACAGAUGAAGGUAUUGGGCAUACAUUUACACUUUAUACAACAAAUUAUGUUUAACCCAUUGGGGUACCCUACUUAUCAGUUUACUCUGUCUAAUGCCAGAUGAUUUUACUUGUCAAGGGGAGAGCGCUGGCACUUAAUGGGUUAAUCAUACAUAGUUUAAUUUAAUGAAUUGUCCCAAUUAAGCAUAUCUCUACAUGCAUAUGCAAAUAGUAUAUGACAGGUGUUCUGAUAUCAAGGUCAUGUGAUUCAACAUUGAAGGGUCAUGAUUGCAAGAACGACAAGAGUGGGGCCGGAAUAGUCAGAUCCUGGCAGCUGUUUAAUUAACAGGGCCUGGAAAACUUGGAAAUGAUCACAGCACUAUAACCUGUGACAUGAUAUGCUAAGGUUAAACCAAAGGUUAUAAUUCUAAAGGUGGGCUGUCUGUUUCUGACUGUGACUCAUGAUGGACUGACUUUGCUUCAGAUUGUGACAAUACCAUAUUUCAAAAAUUCGAAAGUGUAGCAGUUACAAUUAUCAGGGCCCAUUUCCACACAGGAAAAUUUUCCGCCAAAAGAAAAUUUUGUAAAAUGUGAUUGGCUAACACAAAUUUUCAACCUUUAACAAUAUUUUUGGAAAAUUUUCUGUCGGUGUAAAAUUUUCUCGAGUGGAAAUUAUGGGCCUUCAAAGAUAGUUUUUUUGUUUUAUUAGGUCUUUUCCAAUUAAGUGCACAUUGUCGAAGUCUCGAACGUCUGGAUGUGAGCUGGUGUCAAGGUGUUACUGAAGAUGGUGCUAGAAACAUUCUUAAUGGUUGUUCAAAACUUAAACAUUUAGGUAUAUUCAUUAAUUCAUAUUGAAUAAUGCUUUCCUGAUUCCCAUAUUAUUUUCUAAAAUAAGUUUUUAUGUGAUUAUCUUUUCCCAGGAUUGUUCCGGUGCGGAAAAGUUUCGGAGUCUGCAGCGAACGAACUCAGCUUGCAGUUUCCGCAUGUAUUCAUCAGUACUCUUGAAACAGAAAUGAAGAAAUCAACGAGUGUGUAA